CCCGCGGUGCUGCCUCUGGCGGGCCUGAAGACGAAGACGACGCUGAAGAAGCGCUGCAAGGACUGCUUCAUCGUGCGCCGGCGGGGCCGACUCUACGUGUGCUGCAAGACCAACCCCCGCCAUAAGCAGCGGAAGCUGUAGUGCCGCGUUUG